CGACAAGAGAAAUAGACAAGAACCCAUGCCAAAAGAAAGAAAUCAAGAAGUUAUUUCCUCUCUAAAAACAGUACCUAUAAGGCAUUAAUCGAAGAUAUGGGAUUGUCAAGGCUCUCAUCGACUGAAGGUGAAAAUGCUUUCUCAAUUGAGUACACUUCUUGGCUGAUGGAGCAUCCUUCUGCUUUGGAUAAAUUAGAACAAAUGAUGAGCAUAACAAAAGGGAGAAAGAUAGUAAUCUUCUUGGAUUAUGAUGGCACCUUGUCUGAUAUUGUACCAAAUCCUGAAGAAGCUUUUAUGACUCACAAGAUGAGAAGGGUGCUACGUGAAGUUGCUAAUCACUUUCCUACUGCAAUAAUUAGUGGACGGCAACGAGAAAAGGUACAAGAUUUUGUACAAUUGAACAAUGUUUAUUAUGCUGGGAGUCAUGGGUUAGAUAUCGAAGCUCCAUUGAAUCACACAACAAAUUUUGAUGAUAUGGAUUAUGAAGUUGUUCUUCACCAACCUGCGAAAGAAUUUUUGCCUGAAAAACAUAAGGUUUUUAAUCUCUUGAGUGAGAGAACUAAAAGUAUCAAGGGCGUCAAUAUUGAAGACAACAAAUUCUGCAUUUCUGUACACUACAGACAUGUUCUCGCUAAGGACCUCGGAACACUCGAAAAUAUGAUUUCUACUGUGUUAAAAGAAUACCAAAACUUUCGUGUAUCAAAAGGCAAGAAGGUAUUUGAGAUACGACCAAAUAUUGGGUGGAAUAAAGGUCACGCCCUGGAAUAUUUCUUAGAAUAUCUUGGAUUUGGAACUUCAGAUGAUGUUUUUCCAAUAUACAUUGGAGAUGAUCGAACUGAUGAAGACGCUUUCAAUGUAUUAAGGAAAAGGGGACAAGGUUUUCCAAUAGUUGUAUCUGCUACUCCAAAAGACACCAAGGCUUUAUACUCUUUACGUGAACCAAAGGAAGUCAUGGAAUUUUUGUUGGGUCUUGUGGUUCGGAGCAAUAACACUUCUUCGACUUAAGUGUAAAAAUAGCCUAAGCUAGCCAGUUUUCGGAUUGAUCAUUCAAAAAUAGUCAGCGUUUGCAAAGUUA